CUGUCUUAGCCGUCGGGUCACAGGCUCAGCCAGUGCAGAGCGGUCGGCGCAGGCUCGGACAAACCCCGGCGCCGGUGAGGAGGUCGCCUUCGGGCGCGCAUUGCGCCGCCUCGACCGCCAGCAGUCUUUCGACCGAUGAGCGAGCGACAGCGGCACGGCUACUGGCUGAGGGAGCGCAAGCAGACGGAUGUCUCCAUCUACGGCACGACAGACGGGUCCAGCAGCGAGGAGGACGACCGGCUGGCGGACCCCGACUACGUGCCGGAGCCGUACCUGGACUCGGACGAGAGUGACUGCUGGUCAGAGGGCAGCGAGUCCAGUGAUGAAGGGUGCCGGGCAUCAGUCGGGGACGAACUUAGUGGUGACGACCGUGGUGAGGCGAGUGCUGGCGCAUCGCCACCAGCAGGUGAAGGCGGUCACCGUCGCUGCCGCCCGCCAGCAAAAGGGGCACUCCAGGUGAAAGGGACGACUGACGUGAAGAAAAGCGGAGACGAUGAGCGAUUCGUGAAAUCUAGGGUCCAGACGAUCGCGUCGGACAAGCCCGGCCAGAAGCACGCGGGUCGCGUGCAGUCUGACACCCUCAACUUUAUGACGUCACUAGCCGCGGACCUGCCGAAGGACCAGCGGCGUGACGCCGAGGCGGAAGGCUUCGUGCAUGAAUUCGGGCGGAAGAAGAUAAAUCUGGCGAAACGCUUGUUUUGUCUGAUCAACACGGAAGUCUUCGGCUCACAGCUACCCGACGACUUCGAAAUCAAGUUCAACAACCGGAUGCUUCGCAGCGCCGGCUUCUGCUACUGCAAGCAGACCGCCUGCGGAGAUGCGACGGUGCGUACGGCGCGCAUCGAGCUCUCUGAGAAGGUGGUAGACAGUGCUGAGCGGCUGCGCGACACGCUGGUGCACGAGCUGUGCCACGCCGUCGCCUGGGUUGUGUCGGGCGACCGCGGCGGCCACGGGCCCGUGUGGCGCGGCUGGGCCGGCCGCGUGCAGCGCCGCUUCCCCGAGCUGCCGCCCGUCUCGCGCUGCCACAGCUAUGAGGUCCACUGCAAGUACACGUACCGAUGUACGCGGUGCGGCUACAGCUUCGGUCGGCACUCCAAGUCGCUGGACACGCAGCGCAAGGUGUGCGGCCGGUGUCACGGCCGGUUCGAGUGCGUGCUGACGGCGGCGCUGGAGCGGCAGGCAGGCGCCGCGCCGGCCACGCCCCGCACGCCCGAAGCGAAGGGAGUGCGAUCCCCCUUGGGCAAGAACAACUGCUCCUCUGCGGAGCAGGACGCAGCGAGACUCAAAUCCAGCGAAGACAUGCAACUGCUCGGGCAACAGUUUGCCGCUACCAAAAUCGGCCCACACAAGCCUAGAUCAUGGCAUUGACCAGGCCGGGCCUGCCGGAGACGGAAUGGCUUUCAAUGCGGCUGGCACGGCCUGGUGGAUUGAUAUGCGACAGCAUGAGCUGAGACAGGUGUUCUCACCUUGCUCGGUGCUCACUUAACGUAACUUCUGCCCGUGGAUUCAGUCAUGGUCGAAUGUAAGCGCCUGACAAUGAUCACGGGAAUGACAACAUGGCCUGUGUAAACUCAGUUUACACGGGUUUACAAACUCGGCAUGUUAUUAUUCAAGAGAAUUACUGGCCACGAUACCGACUGUCCUGGAAAGCAUUGGCACAUGGACGUGCCACGCUCAAAGCCCCUGGUGCGGCAACAGCUUCAGCUGUAUAAUAUGCUAGCCAACGUGACUUACUGAGCGUUAUGAUGACUCAAUAGCUGAC